AUGAUCAUACAUCGCCGCAGAGCUAAUGCGACUGGAUUACAGGCCACUACUCUUAAAUCCAUCAAGGCACUCGCCCCCCUCCUCGACCGUGUCCUCGUCCAGCGCGCAAAGGCCGAAGCGAAGACUGCCGGGGGUAUCUUCCUGCCAGAGACCGCCGUGAAGGAGCUCAACGAGGCGAAGGUGCUGGCUGUUGGCCCAGGAGCAUUGGACAGGGACGGCAAGCGGAUACCAAUGGGUGUGAGCGCAGGUGACAAGGUCUUGAUCCCACAGUUCGGUGGAAGCCCGAUCAAGGUUGGCGAGGAUGAGUUCUCUAUCUUCAGAGACCACGAGUAA